CGCGUCGCCACAACGGAUUCCAAACUCUACAUUAAACUAACCAUCUUUCUCUCGUACUCUAAACAACCCUUUCAAUUCCGUCGGAACUAAAAUUGAAAUAUUUGUCAGCACUCCCUCCCCCGACUGUGAAAUGCCAAUCCUCCUCCUACCUUCUUUUCAUCUUCUCUGAUUUCUAACAAUAGUAAAGCUAAUCCCUUCUCGGGAAUCGCAAUUUUCUCAUCAUUUUCGUUGGCGGUUUGCUUUCUUCUUCUCUGUUCUGUGUCGGAGAAACCUUGAGAUAAUCGAAGCGGUGGGGGGUAUUGCUUCUAAUUCCACAGUCAUAUCGAAUUGAACCGAGUAAGCCGUUUUUUUUUUCCUGCAUAAAUACUGUUCUUUCAGCGGCAUAUGCUAAUGUACCUUGUAAAUUGCUUCGCAUGCAUCCAUUCGGAUGAAUUUGGAGUUCCAAUUACCAAUUCGGUUUUUUAAUUUUUUUUGUUUUAAUGCUUAGUGUGUACUAUUGUUCCAUUUCUUUUACCUUUGUUGGGGCAGUUUCUACGUGGGUUUUGGUAAAGCAUAAUGAGCUGGUAUAUUGCAUUUUCAUUCACAGUAAUAUGGAGCUGGGCAAAAUUAUCUCGCAGAGCGGUGUUAUGAUUUGAAAUUUUGAUAGGAGGUGGAAGUGGUUCAAUUAAAAGAAGCUGAUAUUUUCAUAAGAUUUGUAGAAUUAUCGAAUUAGAGAUACGCUUUCUAUGGAAAUUGGAGUUCAGAGGCCAAGUUUAUGAAAUUUGGUUUAACUUUAUUUGUUGAUUCUUUGAACUUUGAGUUUGUCAGGGCUAUUGAAGGGGAUAUGAGAUUGACAGUUUUAGGGACAAUUUAUGUAAGAAGAAAAUUGCCCUUCCAGAUUCUGAAUGAUACAGAGAACAUUAAGAAGCCUACCUUCUUUUGCUGUGUGCUAAGAUUUUAAGGUUAUGAUUAUUCUCUAGCUGACUGAAUAAAUUAUCUUUUACAUCGUCAGAGGGGCAUCGUAGUCAAUGAUCUGAAUUUUGUUGGGAUUGCACAGUUAAUAGUCUCUAAUAGUCAUUUUGGAAGACCAUAAUUUGUUUUACCCACCUCUGGUUUCUUUUUUCUUUUUUUUUUGGGGACUACAUUUCCAUUUAAGGGUAAAAUCUGAUGAGGCUGGGUUUAUUUAGUAUCUAGCUGCAUAUUUAGUUUGGAAUAGCUUUAGAUAUCUAAGUGAAAGUUGCUUCUAACUUGAUUAAAUUUUGAUGGGCUUCUGUUUGUGAGACACUUCAUUUAUUACCUAUUUAUCAGGUCAUGGAGGAUCACUCUGCUAUUCCUGUUUUAGAAGAUGAGGCCAUUCAAUUUGAUUUUCUCCUUGUUGAUCCCCAAGAUGAUCAUGUUUCAGUGGAUGCUUUCUUAUGUAUUCAUAGAAAUAACUCAGAGAAGUGCAUGCAAAUGGAUGAUAUUCCCUGCAAAUUUGGUGGGAUCAAUUUUGGUACCGACCGGGAACAACUGCAUCCAAAGGCUGGAGAGCAGGUCCCUGAUAUAAAAGCCAGUGAAAUUGAAGCUGGGGAAUUUGAAAUACUAAAUGGUCUUUCUAGUUUUUGUGAAGAUUAUCUUUUAGAUGGUGAAUAUGAAGAAAAUGGAACAGAGCUGAAUCAUGAUUCAGGCGCUGGAUUGCUGAAAGUGGUAUCAGGAAAUAAUAAUCAAACUGAUAGACCUGGUGCUAAUGAGACAUCACAGAAAUCAGAUUCAUCAGCUACUACUGAUCAGGUGGACGUCUGCCAGCGAGGUCUCAAUGUGAAUGACUCUGACUUACAUGGUAUUUUUAGCUGCACCGGUGAUAGUGAAAAGUCGCUAGAUAACUGCUGGUUCCAGUAUCCUACAUUUACAGUAGAAAAUAUGGAGGAGGAUGUUUCGAGCGUGUUUUCUGAUGGAAAUGGCCGAUUAAUGAGUGUCAAGUCUGGUCUUAUAUCAGAGCAACUUCCUUGCAGAGUUACUGCUAAUCUAGAAAAUAGACAUAUUUUUCCGGGCCAGGAGGUUAUCGAGUCUCGUCUUCAUAUAGAUGGGGCACAGACACACAGAGGGAUCCAAGGUUGCAGUGCUGAAAAUCAUGAAGAGAAGAGAUUACGUAAGCCCCCGAAGAGGUUCAUUGAUGAACUCUCAGAACCCAAAUCAAAAUCUGUCUGUAAAAAGAGAGAAGUUUCUGCUCCAAAUUCAAAGGAUAAACUAUCUAAUGUUAAAGCCGCGAAGCACCAUUAUAAAAAAUCUAAAGCAGAGGUUUCGUUUGCAGAGGAUCCGAUUGGUAUAGCUAUCCAAGUACCUUUUGGUCCUCUAGAACAGAACGAGAGUAAGGUGGAGGAAGAUUCUAGUCCUGUAAAGGUGAAAUUGGAUUCACAACCAUUGGUGGUCUCUUCACCAAAGUUGAAGGACUUGGAGCUUGAUAGAGAAGCGCCAAUGUCUGAGUCUGAAGAGGACAACACUACCGCUGUGAAAUCGGAAGAAGAUGGGUUUGGACGUCGGAAGCAUCAUGUGUUAUGGACUGUUUCUGAGGUCAAAAUGUUGAUUGAUGGUGUUUCUCAGUAUGGUGUUGGAAGAUGGAGUCGUAUUAAAAAAGAUUUGUUUUCAUCAUCUGCACAUCGUACUCCUGUAGAUCUGAAGGUUGUCUCGCUAUUGCCAAUUCUUGUGAAUGAAUUUUAAAUUCUAAAUCAUCUCAAGCUGAUUGUGCUUCUGGAUUUUUUUUGCAGGACAAAUGGAGAAAUCUUUUAAAGGCAAGCCGUGCUCAAAGGGACAGCAAGAAAGGGGAAGAUGGAAAGCGAAAUCUGGCAUGGCGGCCGUUGCCCAAAUCCAUUUUACGACGGGUGAAUGAGCUCGCCACAAUUCAUCCAUACCCAAGGGACUUGCGAUCCAAAUGCUGACUCUUCCCUUUCACUUUCCUUGUUCAACAACCGUGCUGCAGUUUGUACGGAGUCGCUAGAAUAUGAUCCUCCCGAAUCAGGUCACAUCUGGGUGGAUAUGGACGUGUGUGUCGAUUUGGGUUGUGAUUUCUGUAGCGGCAUAGCUCGGGGAAAGAUGAAAAUAGCCCCUACGCAGUGCAUAGGAUUACAAAUUUUUACUCUUAUUUUUCUUCUUCUCC